AUGUGUAUGUCAAACAUCAUGGAACUAAUCACAGCUUAGUGAUGCGCAUAUGUCAAACACUUGAACUUCAUUUAACUGUUGUUUGAGGAAGUUGGUGCCGCUAAAUUAACGUUCAGCUUCACAAUAAAAGACGGUGUGGAGGAGGAUCAUGAGGAAAAAAAACUAAAAUGAUAGUUGUCAAGAGUGGGAUUUGAACCCACGCCCUUUCGGACCCGCACCUGAAGCGGGCGCCUUAGACCAACUCGGCCAUCUUGACUUGUGUUUAUACAUUUCAGUACAAUUCUAUUAUACUCAGUAUAAAGAUCGAGUUAAACCCUUUUCUCCUGGGCUUGAACCCUAGAGAAAUCGAGGAAUGUAAGGAAUGCAAUUUCUCCCGGAGACGAUCGAUAGCUCAUCAUUUAGUUUCAUGUGGAGAAGCCCUCUCGUCUCAUUCCUCAUCUCCUCGGGAAUGUUGGUUUCAAAACAGAGAACGUUAAUAAAAGAUUCUUCCUUUAUCAGCUUCUCUUCCUCCUCAAUCUCCCGUCUUUUGCGCGAUUUAGGCUUCACGAUGACAAGUGUCUCGACGGUUUCAACUCUAGAGUUAAAUAGGAACGAGUCUGAUUCCGAUUCUAAGUUUUCCGGCAAAGCGACGGCGAUACUCCGCCGCAUGCUGGCUCAGAGGAAUAUUCCCAGCUUUCAGGUAGAUCAUCAUAGAAAGAAAGAGCAGCCUGACAAGACACUACAAGGUCUUUGCAUCACUGGGAGGUUGAAAGAAGCUGUUGGGCUGUUAUGGCGCAGCAACGGGUUACAGCUCGAGUCCGAUACUUACUCUAUGCUGUUACAGGAAUGCAAAGAGAGGCGUGAAUACACAAAAGGGAAACGAGUACAUGCUCACAUGGUCGUUGUGGGAUUCGCUCCGAGCGAGUAUUUGAAAGUCAAGUUGUUGAUACUUUACGCCUUGUCAGGGGAUCUUCAAACAGGUGGGAUUCUCUUCCGUGGUUUGCAGUCGAGGUGUUUGAUCUCCAGGAACGCAAUGAUCUCAGGGUGUGUUAAAAAGGGUCUUGAACAAGAAGGGCUUUUUAUGUAUUACGAUAUGAGAUACUGUGGUUUAGUUCCGGAUCAGUAUACUUUUUCUUCCGUGUUUAGAGCGUGUUCUGCGUUAGCGUCGCUGGAACACGGGAUGCGAUCUCAUGCUGUGAUGGUAAAGACUUGUCUUAAGUCGAAUGUUAUAGUCAAUGGUGCUCUUGUUGAUAUGUACUUCAAGUGCAGCAGUGUCUCUGAUGGGUACAAAGCGUUUGAUCAGUUUUUAGAUAGAAACGUGGUUACGUGGACCUCGUUGAUGUCUGGAUACGGGUAUCAUGGACAAGUUUCGGAGGUGUUGAAGUGCUUUGAGAAGAUGAAGGAAGAGGGUUGCAGACCGAACUCUGUCACGUUUUUGGUGGUUCUCACUGCUUGUAGCCAUGGAGGUUUGGUUGACCAAGGUCGGGAGUAUUUUGAUUCUAUGAAGAGAGAUUACGGGAUUGAGCCUGAGGGACAGCACUAUGCAGCUAUGGUUGAUAUCUUAGGGCGUGCUGGUAGGCUACAAGAGGCGUACGAGUUUAUAAUGAAGUCACCGUGCAAGAAACAUGCUCCGGUUUGGGGAUCUUUGCUGGGAUCAUGCAGGAAUCAUGGGAAUGUGGAGCUGCUAGAGCUCGCGGCUACUAGAUAUUUUGAGUUGGAUCCAACGAACGGUGGGAACUACGUGGUGUUUGCCAAUGGAUACGCGAGCUGUGGAUUGUUGGAAGCUGCCUCGAAGGUUAGGAGGAGAAUGGAGAAUGCAGGAGUUGAAAAAGAUCCAGGCUAUAGCCAGAUCGAGUUACAAGGUCAAGUUCAUAGGUUCAUGAGGAAUGACACGUCUCACAGACUCUCUAGAAAGAUACACAACAAGGUCCAAGAGAUGGCUUCUCUGUUUAUGGAUGUUGACUACUAUCCAGAUGACUUGGACACUAAUUGAUAGAGGUUGUGUGACCAAGACAACUUGCAGUUAGCUGUCAGAAAUCUGUGUCCAAUUGAAUGUUGUAGCAGUCUCUCUCUCAUAUGGAAACCAGUGAUGAUGGAGAAGUGAUAGGGUCUGGAAAAUCUACACAAGUUUUGAUUUGGAUGGCUAACGUACUAAUUGGCUGAAGAAAAUUUGUUGUAUCACUUGCCAAAAACAAGCAGAGGAAGCUGCCACAGGGUUGGAGAAGUCAGGAGGAAAGUAAUUAGCAUGACAAAUCCCAGAUGAGGUGUAGAAGAAACAAAAGCUCCAUUAUACUGAAUGUCAUGAAUGAGUAUAUACAUAUUCUGUGAUUUAUAGGUUCUUUAUUCGACAUUCAUGGAACA